AUGCGUUUCAUCGACAGUUCCGAAGAGGAAGAUGUCGAUUGGACUUAUGGAGUCGGUGGAGUUGUUUCUGGCUUACCAUCUGGAGCAGUCGCAAGACGAAUACGACGCCGCUCACGUCUUCUACCAACAUUAACACCUAUUCGUGAGCCUGAUAGCGAGCAUCAUCCAACUAGAGCUGUUAGUGUUGAUUGCUUAACGUCAGCGGCCUUGAACUCUGACAAGUACCUAUCGGAUUCACGCCCAUCACUAGCUCCAGAAGAUGAGUUCAAACUCAUGGCCGCUGACAAACUGCUCAAAGCCAUGGAUAACUUGCGUCAAGCUGAACGACGACAAAUGAAAGCUUCAACAGAAAGUCUACCAGCAAGAAAACUAUCGGCUCCAACCAGAAAGCUCAGCUUACUUUCAUCAGUCUUCCGCUCUCGUAAGACGUCCGAACGUAGUCUGUCUGGCUUGGUCAGCUCUCCCAUCCUCAUAUCAUCCACUUGUUCUGUAGUAUCAUUGAAUGAGACAAAGAAUGAAUUCGGUGACGACAAGAAGACUAACGUGACCACAAGGGAAAUGAUGAAAGAGAUUCUCUCAAGAUCUGGUCCAUAUCCCCAAGUUGUCUUACCAUCCAAUGGAUUUUGGAUGGAUGGUGUGAGCGCCAGUAAUAUAUCCAUAGAUGAAGAGGUUAUGGGCCUAUGUAUGAAUAGCUGUGCUCGAUUCAAAAUGGAAACAGAUGAAACAAGUCAUUGUUAUCGUCGCCAUUUCUAUGGAAGGGAACAUCAUGAUUUCUUUGCUAUGGAUCCUAAUCUCGGACCUUUGGUUCUUUCUGUUCGAACAGAAGUUAUAUCCUCGCAGGAUCAUUUUCGCAUUAUGCUUCGUACCAAACAAGGAACAAUACAUGAGAUCAUCUCAGCUUCGGUUGUUGCUGACCGACCUUCUGCUUCAAGAAUGGCUAAAAUUCUAUUGGAUGAAGUAAGUACAGAUAACUUCACCCCCGUAGCUUUUCCCGGAGGAUCAGAGCUCAUUGUUCAAUAUGAUGAACAUGUUUUAACAAACACUUACAAGUUCGGAGUUGUUUAUCAGAAAGGUGGUCAGACUACCGAGGAAGAACUUUUCGGAAACGCUCAAGGAAGUCCAGCAUUCAACGAGUUCUUAGAUAUCCUUGGUGAUACUAUUGAUUUACAAGGAUUCACAGGAUACCGUGGUGGCUUAGAUACCAUUCAUGGUCAAACAGGUCAACAAGCUGUAUACAGCGAGUUCCGAGGCAGGGAAUGUAUCUUCCAUGUGUCCACACUCCUUCCAUACACCUUGGGAGAUAAUCAACAACUACAGCGGAAGAGACAUAUCGGAAAUGAUAUCGUUGCUAUCGUCUUCCAGGAGGCUAACACACCAUUUGCUCCUGAUAUGAUUGCCAGUAACUUCCUCCACGCAUACAUCGUUAUCCAACCAAUUGAUCCUUUAACUGAUCGUGUCAGAUACCGAGUUUCUGUUGCUGCUAGAGACGAUGUUCCUUUCUUCGGACCAACUCUGCCUGCUCCUUCCAUUUUCAAGCGAGGACAAGAUUUCCGUAACUUCUUAUUAACAAAGCUCAUCAAUGCGGAAAACGCGGCUUAUAAAAGUGCAAAGUUCGCAAAGCUCGCCGAACGAACUCGUUCAAGCCUUCUGGACACAUUGUUCGGAAGCUUGAAGGAGAGAGCUGAGUUCUAUGGAAUGCCUCUCUUACAAACAGCUGAUUCGAACGCUUCGGUAGCCUCCUCCGGAGGGCUUUUGAGUUCUGUCAAAAAGGCAUUCAUUGGUCGUUCGCGAUCAGUAUCUCAAGAAGUUCAUACAGCAACACCUUCUCGAGCAGUCUCAAUGUGUGUUCCUGCUCGCAGCUUCCAGGUUUCCAAACGAUUCACAACUUCUGAAAAGGAUUCUAAAUGUAGUUCUUCAAGUGGAUCUCUACGACAUAACAGCCCAAUUCUUGACGAGAAUGAGACACGCCAAGAAGAUUUACCAACAAAUUCUUCCCCUGUUCGUGGAGUUCAAAGAAGAGUUAUCAGACAUUUGAAAGAAAAUGACAACAGAGCAGAUUGGGAAAUCUCUUCCACAGAGUCACCUGAACAUGAGCAUGACUCUGAUACCGGAAUGGAAUCUAUGUCAUCAGCUGAUUUAUCAAACAGAACAACUCGAUUGUCAUGCACCUUCUGUACCGACGAUAGUGGAAAUGAGCAUAGGAAAAUAGAAAAUUGUGAUGAAGAUAGAGAACACUUAGAAAGGAACGACUUACUCCGUCAGAAUAUUUCCUGUAAGACAGACAUCAAGAAGCUCAAGAAUAGACAAUCUUGCUUGGCGGAAGAGUUAGAAAGAGCCAACGAAGAGAUCGCAAGGUUACGUCGUCUCGUUGGCCCCAGGCUAGAUGAAGCACCUACUGAUAUGACUCAUGAUGUUCGAGAUCGAACUUUCUCUGAUAUUUCAGUGUAA